AUCCUUGUGAAAGAAGGUUUUCUUAUACAUUUUUAUGAUUUAAUUUGACUCAUUCAGAGACGGUCAGAUGAAGGGCUUGAAGACUUUAAAACAGUUGCUUUUACGUGCAAAAGGGGGAAUAAGCAACAAUUAAACCAAAGAAAGUCAACAAAAUAACUUUGGCUCUUUGCCUGAUUCUUAUUUUAAACUUAAUCUCCCAAUGGGUGCCUCUUCCACUUAAACACACUCCCCCCCCCCCCCCCAGAUCUCCAGGAGCCACUACCAGAACGCCCUGACGGCCUGCAGGAUGGACUGCUCCCCCCUGUCCCCGGACCCCUGCGACGCCAAGGGCAGACCCCCCGUCCCCGAGGCCCGCUCCCACAGCAUCGCCCUGCCCCUCCCCCCCCCACGCCCACGCCCGUCUGGGCCUGGCCCGCCUGGCCUACCUGCACCCCCCCACGCCGGCCCGCGCACCACGGCCCGCCUCAACCACCGCAACCGCAUCGUCCGCAGCAAGUCAGACGGCCAGCGCAGCCCCAACGACACUGUGUUCCUCCGCAUGGACGAGAUCCCCUUCAUCCACGAGGACCGGCCCGAGAGCAGCCAGGACCAGGACACCUCGCCCUGCAUCAGCUCCUUCUCUCUCUCCAGCUCCGAAGAGACCGUCGGGAAGAAGCUCCUGCGCAAGAUAAGUAACAAGGCGAGGAAGAAAUCCUACGACGGAGACAGAAAUCUGGAGGAGGAGGGCUCGGAACCGGCGCCGGUGAAGAGCUAGCAGAGUGCUAGCAUCAGCGCUAACAACGCUACAAUGCUACAUCCAGAGGCAGGAGAGAAGGAGGAGUACAUUUGUAUCCAUCGAUCCUAAGCCCUGACCCAGUGUAGCUGCAGUGGUAACACUCAGGUCCCCCCCUAUGAACUUUAAACCACAUCUCCGGGACGACCAACGGCCAAUAGGGGGCGCACAUGGGACGGGGACAGACCAGAGAUCUCAAUAGCUAUUUGUUUGUAUGCAUGAAGCAGAUCUGACCCUUUGGAACCUCGAAUAGCCCUGGGGUUCAGGAAAGGUAAAGGGCUUAUUUUAUUUUAUAGCACUUUUCCCUUACUUUGAGGAACGAUCACACACUGAAACAAUCUCUACCAAGCAAAGAGUUUCUUACGCAAACACUGACAGUUGUUACUGGUCAGGUUACACUGUAGAAGUCCAGUCCCACUUUUAUGGAACUUUGUACUUCUAAUGCCUUGUUAAACUUGAAAUAGGAUAUAAAAGGCACUGAAUGCUUUGUGCUUUAAGCUCCAAAUCUACCAGCACAUACAAAACAACCAGUAGAUAAGCUACACUUCACCUCAGCUCCUGUGAACAUUUAUUACAGGAGACAGUAAAAUAGAUAUUAUCAGUCCUGAGAGAUAUAUAUAUUUAUUAAUGUGUAGCCCAUGGAGACCUUAUGGGUAAUUUAAGGAGCUUAACAUUUACAGAUACUUUAUGAUAAUUACAUUGUUACUACCAUUGCAAAAUCUAGUUGCAACGGAAAGCUUACCAGUGCUAUCAAAGAUUACAAACCACUGCCAGAGACACAAUAAGGUAGCCAUGGCAUUAUUAAACCAAUAAAUGAAAACUCCUCCAUAUAUUAUUUUGUAUUAAACUUUAAAAGCCAUAGAUUUCUCACCACUUGCCAAAGGUGCUCUCUGCAGAAAAUCAAAACAUAAAAUCGAAAGAUAAAGUGCAAUACUGAUUUUAUUUUAUUUUUUUGUUAAAAGAAAAUCGUUAUCCGAAUAUGAUUGUUAAUUUGAAAUAAGCAAUAUCUACCACAUCAAAUCUGAAUCUUAGUUAUUUUACGCCUAUUUGUCCGUAUAAACUGUUGUCACUCUGCAGACACACAAGGACAUGAAUCAAGGGCCAAUGCAUGCCACUUAACGUGUCAUGAAGAUUCAUUCCAAAGAAACACGUCGAUGUAUGAAUCCAUACACGUUGCCAGACCCCGAACCCAUGGGGACCUUUGCUCUGGCUGCUCCCCCCCCCUCUCUGAUCCACCCAGCGCCAUGUGCGUACUCGCUCAUCACCCCAGCCCCACCCGCUGGCUCCCAGACGAGGCGGGCCGUACUCCCCCCACGAGGGGCGAUGAGAUCACUAAAGCACAGACACGACGAGCCAAUAAGCUACAGCCACUGGGGUGUCUGGUCACCACGGCUACGGGUAUAAGAAGAACCAUGGGGGAUUAAGGGACGUACAGGCAGACUCUCCCUGCAUGCUGCCUGCAUUAGGUCCAACACCUCUGCUAUCCCCGUGUCUCUGUGUAGCGCUGCAUGCUAAUGCAGGGGGCCGUAGCAUGAUGGUAACAUUAAACACACACUUCCCCCUCUAGUCUCCAGCCCCCCACACCUCUAAAAAACAGAACAAGGUGUGGAGAAAGGAAUUAAAUGAAUUCCGCAGAGGAUUCUAAUACCAUGAGGAGAAGAUUACUCCUAAUAGGAAGAGAGGGAAGCGAAGUACUAGUGUUUAAUAGGUCGAUAGUUUAACUAGAGGACAGAUAAGGAAGCCCAGUAGGGACAAAGAGAGCGUAUAGGAACAAAGGUACUCGUUGUUAUUGAAUGGUUGCUAUUUAUGCUUACGGUGCCCAAUAGCCAGAUAGUACUAGGUAUUAUAGUAACGGUAUAUACAGUCUAUAUUUAUUUCCGAGAGAUUUUAAGCCAUUGCGUCAGAGUUGAUCUUUGAGCCAGUUCAAUCGUUUAUCAGUGGUAUUCUACAGCAUAAGGGAGCGGGGGGGUACAUCGGCUACGGUUUGUGUACGCCUAUCUCUGGCCUUGUGCAAUGCAGGGCAGAUAACGCUUCUGGAGUGAUAAAGGGGUGCAAUAUGACACACACACCGACGUCAACGAACUGACCCCUUGAGCUGAAACACACCACGCUAUCCCGGUGAAAGCUAGGAAAAAAGAAAACGGAUGAACGACUGCCUCUGUUCAGUAGUUUACGUCACUCCAUGCCGUACAGGAAACGUUUUGAACCAACUGCCGAGCGAAUAAAUUCGAAGCACAAUUUGUAGUGAGCUGAAAGGCAGGGGAAGCUUUUCAUGUUUUGGCGGGAAAAUCUUUUCUAUGUAUGGACGAAGGCCGGAAGGAUGACAGAUUAUUUUGUAAAAACGAGAGCUGUUCAGAUAUAUAAAUUAAUAUAAUAUAUACCAACAGAUGAAGUACAUCUCUUUAUUCUAGAUGGACGAUAAUAUGUUAAAUAAAAAUAUUUAAAUGA